GGCUGAAUUUGAGGAUGAUUUUUCAAAGGGAUCCCCUCGUCAGACGUGACAAUGUAAUCUUCAGUGUGCCUGACCUUGGACAUCUUCCCCACGCGUAAUUGGCUAAUUACUGACGGCCUCAAGACGUGACUCGAGCAACGAGAAAGACUCGAGCGUUCGGAUGGCAAAAGGCAGCAGGAGUCAAGUCGGUGGAAGAUUAAGCAAUAACGGCGAACAAAAGUCCACGUCUGUUCAACUUACCUAGAUAAUCGUCUUACGUGUACACAGCUAUAUAUACAUACGUGAUUUUCUUGGUUAACUCACCUAAUUAUACUCUCACGUGGUAACAAGCUGGCGAAUAAGGAUUCGCGUAGAAUCGUGUCGACAUGUGAAAAUUCGUAUCUACGAAAUUGGCAAUGCUCGUAUGAAUUAUACUGAUUUUUAACUUAUUUUAACAUAAACGACACACGAGUGUUCCAGUACAAGUCGUUAGAAUCGAUUAUCGAAUCGAAUAUGUGAUUUCCGAUGUAUCGUAGUUCUUUGCGACACCAUCGGUUUUCGCCAAUUGAAUCGGCAGGAGCGAUGAAAAUUUUUCGAAAAAGCCAAAAUUCGGACAGGCGACAUUGGCUGUUAGCUCUAGUAAUCUUGCAGUAAGGAAGUAUCGCUCGUUGAAGAUCUCCUUGUGGUACGGAUGGAACCGUGGUUAUUGGUAGCUUUGUCAUUUUUCCUAUGAUCCUUAUACAUUGGAUUUUUGACAAUGAAUUUUGUAAAUUUUUCAAUUUUCAAAAUUUUCAAUUAAAUACUGUACAUAUAUAAUCGCCAUUGCUAAGGACUUGAAGGCGAAAGGUCGGUUUAAAUUUUCCGUGAUAAAUCAUCAGCCGAUCCUCGUCUUUACAUCAGGAUGCACUUGCCAUUUAUCAAUACUAUAUUUAGGUCCACGGAUGCUGCAUCCCAUCCGUGCACCUUCACCCAGUUUCAAAUCUCUUUUUUAAUUCUCAUCUAAGCGAGAACUCGUUCCCGACGUCGUCAUCGAUUCGUGAGGAUCAUCAGGCCAGGCCCGUGAUCCUCGCUAUUCGUCAUCGACUCCGCAGGAUUCCUAUUGCAAUUACGAUUGUCGAGACAUUCAACACGGACGCCAUGUCCAUAUACACGAGCAGCCGAGCUGCCAUCUCCUUCUGGAACUACAGAGAAAACUAUUGCAAUCCUCUAUCCGAGCAUAUUUCUAUUCAGCGGCAGUCAUUAUGUCGUUACGUUUGCGCGACAGGAAUUGUAAAUAAAGGCAGCCUCGGGCGACCAUUGAACUCCGUCGCGACGAUCCUACGAAACAAUUGCCGUUCCCGAAAGAGCCUAAUACACAAGGAAUACGAAUAUUACUUUUCAAUAACAACAUACUGAAGCCCCGUUCACACAGAAGCGACCAGACUGUGACUCUCUUAUUGUCGCAAUCGUAGCAUGAAAACCCCCGGCUCGAGUAUCGCGUAGAAAAAGAAUGUCGAGCCUUGGCGCGUUUCUAUGAUCGUCAAGAUCGCGUAGCUGCACAUGAAAACAAUAACGAGCGACAAUGAAGCGACUGUGAAGAAUGAAGAUACGACGCUCCGCAGUGGAGCACAAUGCCUGGUGCACACGUAAUAAGAUAACAAGAAAACGGCUAAUAUCUUUCGCUAUGUAACAUAAGCAGUCGGGGGAAUCCUUCGAAUCAAUUAACUGAAAGAGUCUUGGGCAAGCCGACACAAAGCAGCUCGCCGACUCGCCGACUCGCAAGACACCACGGAUAUUAAUUAUCUAGGGCAGAUCCUCACCGGUGCAACCGACUCCGAUCUAGCUGCCGUCACUUUCGCUUUUCCUGCGCGGCUUCGCCGAUCGUUUUCCUCUUGUUCGUCCUCUUUUUACUUUAUUAUUCGUUUACCCCCUGUAUUACUGAUAUUUCAUACUCUGACUAAACCGCAGCGCGUGCUGCUCAACUUUGUGGCUUCCCCGUUACAAAGUCUUCGACAAUUGUAUUAACCGAUGUGAAAUCAGAGUUGACAUUAAUCUUUUUAAAACGCGAACCAACCGACGUCCAUUCUUAUGGCUCGUUAACUCCCUUUAGUCACGGGGUCACACUCCCUUGAAGCGUGCAAAACGGAAGCGCGACCUGCGGUGACCCCGAGUAAUGGUAACCCAGAGUCCAAAGAGCGGUAAGCAGCAUUAGCAGCGCAGUAACAAAAAAAUAUUUUCGAAAUACCUGGGAAAUCGGGCUGCGAGCUACGAGAGGAGCAUUGUUCGGUCGGUCGAUUCAAACUUCCCGCGCAUUAUCUCGAACGUUAAUCGGGACUCGGUUGACGUCACUCCGAACUCGCCCCUGGAAACCUAUUCAGGCCUCAUUAGAUAUCCUGUGUCUUUUGUGUUUUCGAGCACCGACACUUGACUGUUAUAUAAAUUGAUUAAACCGGCGAUGCAUUUUUUUUAGAGGAAUUACUACAGAGAAUUGUAUCUGGACAAGAUGGCGGAGUGAGUGAAUUAAAAAUAGAAAAUUUUUUGAAAAAAUUAAGUACGAGCGUGAAUUAGAACGUGGACUGUCCAGGGUCAGUCACUGGGCUCAUCUUCUCCGUAGGCUUCUUCUUCCCUCCUGGCUCGGACGUAUCCCCGCUUUCGUCUGAUCUGCCCUUUCCUCUGCUCCCCACCAAGCUCCCCAGUGGCACCGUGGCACCGUGGCAUCCUCUUGCACCUCGAGACUUUCUCCAAAAGACGGCCAAGUAUAUAAGCCAGAUGCGCAGUGUUUGAAGCACGUUAGACCAAAUCAAAGACUCGGUACUGGUGAGACACGAGGACCCCCUAGACAUAAGACCACCGUAGCAAAAGAUAUCGGAAGAAGAUAAGAAGGGGAGAGAGAGAGAGAGAGAGAGAGAGAGAGCGGAGAAAGAAAUUAAGUAAUCGGGUGUGAAAUCGGCAUCAAAGUUAGGAUUUCAUCAGGGAAGAUAAUGAGGCCCUUCCGAAAUUGGGCCCUACUGGCAGUGAGCCUACUUGCUACGGCCCUGCUACCACCGAGCUGCGCCGAGGCACCGUUGACGGGAAGCUACCUGCCGCCGUCCACGAGCUAUGGGACACCGAAUCUUGGAGGUGGUGGCGGAGGUGGUGGCGGAGGUGGUUUCGGAGGCGGAAGUGGAGGUGGUUUUGGCGGUAGUGCUCCGUCAUCGAGUUAUGGAGCUCCUUCGCUAGGAGGAGGCGGUGGAGGAGGUUUUGGAGGCGGUGCACCAUCCUCCAGCUACGGAGCCCCAUCCAGUGGAGGAUCCGGCGGAUUUGGUGGUGGUGGUGGUGGCGGUGGCUUCCGAGGAGGUGCACCCUCCAGUAGCUACGGAACUCCCUCUCUGGGCGGUGGUGGUGGAGGUGGCGGCAGACCGUCCUCUAGUUACGGAGCACCUUCGUCCGGCGGAAGUGGCGGAUUUGGAGGUGGCGGUUUCGGCGGUGGUCGUCCAUCCUCGUCCUACGGUGCACCUUCUUCCGGAGGUGGGUUCGGAGGUGGCUCUGGAGGAUUCGGAGGUGGUCGUCCUUCGUCCAGCUAUGGCGCACCCUCUUCUGGUGGAAGCGGAGGAUUUGGAGGUGGCGGUUUUGGAGGUGGUGCUCCAUCUUCCAGCUACGGAGCACCAUCCCGUGGAAACGGAGGUGGACGACCUUCUUCCAGCUACGGCGCACCGUCUUCCGGUGGUAGCGGCGGAUUCGGAGGUGGCAGCUUCGGCGGCGGAGCGCCCUCGUCCAGCUACGGCGCACCGUCUUCCGGUGGUAGCGGCGGAUUCGGAGGUGGCAGCUUCGGCGGCGGAGCGCCCUCGUCCAGCUACGGCGCACCGUCUUCCGGUGGUAGCGGCGGAUUCGGAGGUGGCAGCUUCGGCGGCGGAGCGCCCUCGUCCAGCUACGGAGCACCGUCAUCUGGCGGUGGCAGACCAUCCUCCAGCUAUGGUGCACCCAGCUCGGGCGGUAGCAGUGGCGGAUUCGGAGGAGGAUUUGGUGGUGGCUUUGGAGGUGGAAUCAGCGGCGGCUCCGGCGGUGGUUACUCCAGCGGCGGCGGCGGCGGCAGUCGUCCAUCUUCGAACUACGGUGCUCCCAACGUCGGAGGUGGCGGUGGAGGCGGACAAAGCUACGCCAGCAACGGCGGCUACCAAUAUUAAUAUGGCCGCGUGCCCUUUCGUGGACUCUCGUAAAUCGAUCGGUAACCUUUAACUUGGAUCUCCUUACCUUCCAUCCUAGACCUUCCUGAACCUUCCCCACCAGUAAAGUAUCUCCUCAUCACGAUAAUGCAAAUUCACGAAUACCAGAAACUUUGAUUAUUUCGACUAACAAAUGAAGUUAUAUUCUGAGAAAAACGAUAACAACAGAAUAAGUAGAAAGUAGGAAAGACAAAAGCUACACCUGUCAUAGAAGAUGAUGAAGAAACGAGUCCCUCUUGGGGAACGAUUGUACAUUUUAUACUUUUAUACAAAAAAAAAUCCAAAAAAUUAACUUUCGAAAAUAAUACGUAAGAUACUCUGACACGAGCCGGCAGACAACCACCGUGCUAUCUUUAGGCUCCUGUAACUUAUUUAUUUUUCUAAAGUUGCUUUUACAUGUACUAAUAAAGCCGCUACCUUAAAAAA